AUGGGGCACUGGGCGCUGCUGCCCGGCUGGGUUUCUGCUACGCUGUUGCUGGCGCUGGCCGCUCUGCCUGCAGCCCUGGCCGCCAACAGCAGUGGUCGAUGGUGGGGCAUCGUGAACGUAGCCUCCUCCACAAACCUGCUGACCGAUUCCAAGAGUCUGCAACUGGUGCUCGAGCCCAGUCUGCAGCUGCUGAGCCGCAAACAGCGGCGGCUGAUCCGCCAGAACCCGGGGAUCCUGCACAGCGUGAGCGGGGGGCUGCAGAGCGCUGUGAGAGAGUGCAAGUGGCAGUUCCGGAACCGCCGCUGGAACUGCCCCACGGCUUCAGGGCCCCACCUCUUCGGCAAGAUCGUCAACCGAGGUUGUCGGGAAACAGCAUUUAUCUUCGCCAUCACCUCGGCCGGGGUCACCCAUUCAGUGGCGCGCUCCUGCUCGGAGGGCUCCAUCGAGUCCUGCACGUGCGACUAUCGGCGGCGCGGCCCUGGGGGCCCCGAUUGGCACUGGGGGGGCUGCAGCGACAACAUCGACUUCGGCCGCCUUUUUGGCCGGGAGUUUGUGGACUCCGGGGAGAAGGGGCGGGACCUGCGAUUCCUCAUGAACCUUCACAACAACGAGGCGGGCCGCACGACCGUGUUCUCCGAGAUGCGCCAGGAGUGCAAGUGCCACGGGAUGUCCGGCUCGUGCACGGUGCGCACGUGCUGGAUGCGGCUGCCCACGCUGCGCGCCGUGGGCGAUGUGCUGCGCGACCGCUUCGACGGCGCCUCGCGCGUCCUCUACGGCAACCGCGGAAGCAACCGCGCCUCGCGGGCAGAACUGCUGCGCCUGGAGCCGGAAGACCCCGCGCACAAGCCGCCCUCGCCCCACGACCUCGUCUACUUCGAGAAAUCGCCCAACUUCUGCACAUACAGCGGACGCCUGGGUACAGCGGGCACGGCGGGGCGCGCCUGCAACAGCUCGUCGCCCGCGCUGGACGGCUGCGAGCUGCUCUGCUGUGGCCGGGGCCACCGCACGCGCACGCAGCGCGUCACGGAGCGCUGCAACUGCACCUUCCACUGGUGCUGCCACGUCAGCUGCCGCAACUGCACGCACACGCGCGUGCUGCACGAGUGUCUGUGA